GCACAAUGAUGAGGAAUUGGAGAUCUACUCCAGAUAUAAUCAGUAAUCUUCCAAGCAAUAUCAUGGAAACUAUUCUCAAGUACUUGCCAUUGCGGGAUGCAGGGAGGACAAGUGUCUUGUCAAGAAGAUGGAGGUACAAAUGGGUAACACUCCCGCAACUGGUAUUUCAAAACCAGUUCUUUGUAAGCUCGGGGGAUACUGAAAAAAUCAAGGUAAUUAUUUACCAAGUUCUAUUGCUUCAUCAAGGACCAUUAGUUGAAUUCAAGCUUUGUAAUCCCCCAUUUGGAAGUUGUCUUGAUAUCAAUAAUUGGAUUCCUAUGCUGUCGAAGAAAAAUAUCCAGGAGUUCACCCUUUGUCUUGAUUUGGGCCCGCGCCAUGAGUUGCGUUGUGACCUAUUUUCUUUCCUGCGACUGAAACAUUUGACUCUCUGUGGGUGUGUAUUCAAACCACCUCCUGCAUUCAAGGGAUUUACCAGGCUUGUCAAUCUUAAUCUCUGGAAUGUAAAUAUUACUCCUGAAAUGGUCGGAUGAUUCGUCUCUCAUUGCCCCUUGCUAGAACGCUUGACGUUGGCGCACUGCAAUCAAUUCAACUGCCUCGAAUUCAAUGCCCCUAAUCUCAAGGAAUUCGCCUUUUGUGGUGUUUUUUCAACUCUAUUUCUUUCAAACAUACCCCACUUCUUUCAGUAAUUUCAAUUACCUUGCUUUCCUUGGAUGCAAAUGUUAAGCGGCCUAAGGAAGAAACAGAUACUGAAUGGGUGAAGUUUUUCCAGUGUUUACCUGCUGAUAUUGACGACAUGCACUUGGAUAGCUCCUUUUUGGAGGUAGGAAAGCUUCACUAAAAAUCGGCUUUGCUUGGUAGA